AUGGCUCGCCAUGUUGAGAGCAGACUGGCUCGAUUACUUUGCAUCUGUGCGUCGUUGCUGUUUGCCAGCUGGAGCCAGGACUUCACUGUCCACACAGCUCAGUACGGCAAGGGCAGGCAACAAGUUGGUGAUUUCGUCAAACCAGACAAGGACAAGUGCAAGGGCAUCGUGAUGCUUGUCCAUGGUGGCUUCUGGAGGGCAGGCUUUGACCGUAGCUUGAUGAUCGACAUCUCGGACGAUUUGCUCGCCAGUGGCCUCUGUGUGUGGAACGUAGACUAUCGGUCUGUUGGCUCAGGGGGCGGCUAUCCCGAAACUCUGGAGGACAUGGCAUCUGCUUGGAACUGGCUCACCACCGAUGAUGCCGCCUCGCUAGGAGUUCGCCCCGAUUUGCCCCUAGGAAUCGUGGGCCACUCUGCAGGCGGCCACUUGGCGACCUGGCUGGCAAUCCAGGGCCUUCUGGACCACUCUGACUUUGGCGUCUCCGGUAAGAUCAGACCACGGAUUGCUGUUUCACAAGCCGGAGUACUCGAUCUGAAGGGAGCUUACGAAGCGAACCUUGGAAGAAGUGCGGUGCGUGACUUCAUUGGCUCGCCGCCAGAAUCCACCACUUCCCGCAUGCUAGCUGCUUCCAACGGUGCAGUGCUGGAUGUUGUGGCAGGUCCAGCAGCUGAUGCAGAUACACGAUACUUGGGGGCGGACCCGACAGCACUUCUGUCAAGGGUGCCUGCUGCCCGGCUCAGUGGUUCCGAUGCACCGGUUUUUGCACUCGUUCACGGUCAGAAUGAUGACAUAGUCCCGCCAGCGCAAAGCACAGCUUUUCAAUCAGUUUUCAGCAGACGGGGUGCGUCGGACAAGUGCAUUUACAAGCUGAUCCCCGGGGAAGGGCACUUCGAGCAUUUGCGCCGCGAUUCUGCGGCUUGGGCAUCGACAGCUGACCUGCUAAAUGUGGGGAAGCCACUGGCCAACGUGGUGCUGAAGGCGCUGGCGCCUGAAGUUCAAGAUUUGCUGUCCAAGUGGUCAGCUUGGUGGCGCCUCCGAAUGCUUGCGUGGAUUCGCUCUCGAGGAGAUAGUCCGCUCUCAGACAUCAUGCCGGACAUCCUGCGCAGUAUCAGCUCUGAAGCUGGCUCAGCGUGGCACCGGCACGAGGGCGGUUGCGGCUCUGUCGUGUCGUGGGCAGUUCCACGCUUGGCUCGCUUGCGGGGCAUUGAGCCUUCCGCUAGCCGGCAGGCGUUUCCUUUCAACCGAGGAGGUACCUUGGACUACAACUGCUUCCGGCCUCCAAUAUCGCUCGGCAUCCAACUGACGAAGAAGAAGAAUGUUCGUCCAAAUACGCCAUCUUAUGUCUUUGAACAGAUUGACGAGAUGCUGUGUCAAGAGAAGGUCUCUUGGAGCUGCAAGGAGCGACAAAUCAUGCUCGCUGACUACAUGGCCUCCACACUGGAUGUGGCAUCGCGAGGGUCGCACUCUGCGGCGAAGUUGAACCAACCCGCCCCAGAGGUUGAGAUUGUCGUCCCUACGGCGGCCUCCGAAGUGUUUGAGAGCCUCGACUCGUUUGCCCCCGACUCUGUUCCAAGGAAACUUGCAGAGCAACUGAAUGAUUGUUCAUUGGAGAUGGCCAAUUUGCUGGAUGAGGUGGCAAAGACGGAUACGGGUCUGCAGCGCGAUCUGGAGUCCGAGUCCUGGCGCCAGGUGGACGAGAAGGUUGUCGAGGAGACUCCUGCAGAGGCUGUCGCCAGAGAUCCUGGGCCAGCAUUGCUGGCCGCUCGAGAGGUGCCCACUCUUUUCCGAGACAUCGAUGCGCAUCUUCCUAGAUCAAAGCGAAAAGCAUAUGAGACGCUGCGGUCUGCUGGUGCUGUGGAUAUCCAUCGCUUCGUGGAGGAGAACUUCGAGGGCGCUUUCGGACGUCGCGACGACGGUGUCCAGUGGGUGCACAAGGUUAUGCACCGCAAGGAUAGACAUCCCGGCCAAUCCGCCUGGACCAGAAAAGCGUUGCAACUCCUGGACGCCGAGCGCUUGGACCGCCGGCUGGACCUGGGUCUGGGCGACCUCCGGCAAGAGAAGAGGGAAGUAACCAGGCAGGGGCAAGCGCCACGGUUGAGCCCCGAAGCAUUGAGCGCUGGGCAAGGAGUGCAGACAUGUGUAGACACCGGUCUUUUCACUGCGGGGCUUGCAAAGCAACCUCCGCAGCUGUUCAAGGUCAUAGGAGAGGGCGAGGCCCCAGUGAAGGGUCAAACGGUGAAAGUGCAUUACACCGGAAAGCUGGAGAAUGGACAGGUCUUUGAUUCAUCCAUUCCAAGGGGCGAAUCCUUGGACUUUAGCGUCGGUACCGGUCAGGUCAUUGCAGGUUGGGAUGAGGGCAUCCUAACGAUGCGUGUGGGAGGAAAGAGGGAGUUGAAGAUUCCACCAAAGCUGGGCUACGGAAGUCGCGGCAUAGGACCCAUCCCAGGCAACGCCACUCUCUUCUUCGAGUGCGAGCUAGUCCGAUUGAAGGCUCUGCACGUGCAGCGGAAUGGGCAGGCAGGUGUCGUUGAGGACUACGUGCGCACGAAGCAACGCUGGCGCGUGCGCCUGCUUGUUAGUGGGAAGUCGCAUGACUUCAAGGCCGAGAACCUGGAGAUUGAAGAGCCCGCCGACAGGCCGCCUCCCGCAGAUUGGGUGGGCCCGGAAAGCGACAGAGACGAGGCUUAUGCCCAGCCCAAGGUUGCCUACAAGGAGGUUGCUGAAGAGCCAUUGAAGCUCACAGCCUUGGCCGCAGGCUGCCAGGUGAUUCUUCACAGUCUUAAAGGUGCCGCAGAGCUCAACGGCCAGAGAGGCGAAGUGGAAUCCUUUGUGUCAGAAUCUUCACGGUGGCGGGUGAAGCUCCUAAGUGGUAGCAUGAAGGAUCUGAAGCCCGAAAACCUCCGCCCUUUGUCUGCAAGCGAAAUGGACGCCUCCACCACCGCCUUGUCCGAACUCGAUGCUCUCGAAGCCGAUCUCGGGAUCGAUUUCGCAGCAGCUCCCGGAGAUACCUGUGGCCCCGAAAACCGCUUCGUUAUUGAGGAGAAGCUUGGGGAAGGCACCUUCUCGACCGUGUUUCGCUGCCACGACACCUGCGCUGAAAACGCCAAGUAUGCGGUGAAAUUCACCAGGUCGAAUGCGCAGACCCGCCGGGCCCUGGAACGUGAGAUCAAAAUCAUGGGCCAGCUGAUUGCCAAGGUGGGAGAGCGGGACGCUGAAGGCAUGGGCGCCAUCUUGACCUUGGCCUUUUUCGAAGGCUUCCAGCACAAGGGCCGUCUAGCGGCCGUCUUCGAGCUGAUGAAGUGCAACUUGCGGACUGCCCUGACCAAGUAUGGGGCUGGCAAGGGGCUGCCUCUCCUGCCUACCGUGCGGGACUUCGGGCGUCAGCUCUUCUUGGCUCUGCGGGUCUUGAGGCGAGCUGGCCUGAUCCACUGCGACGUGAAGCCCGAGAACCUGCUUCUUGGCGGCGACAACGCCACCAUCAAGCUGAGCGACUUCGGAAGCUGUCAAGGCUUGCCAGAGAGGCUCAAGUCAGAUCAGCUUAUGCCACGAAACUACCGUGCUCCAGAGAUCAUUGUUGGGCUCGACUACGACUACUCUGUGGAUGUGUGGAGUGCCGCCGCCACCUUGUUUGAGCUUGCCACCGAUUCGGUGCUGUUCCAGGGGGACACGAACAACGACAUGCUUCACGCGAUGUUCAAAGUGUGCGGAUCAUGCACGAAGUCCUUCGUGCUCAGCGGGACCUUCACCCAGAAUCAUUUCAGCGCUAGCGGCGAGUUUCUCAACGCAAAAGGCGAUCUGGCAAUCAACUCCGCAAAUCCACGCGUCAUCCCGCUGGAAGCUUUCGAUCCUCCAAGUCGGCCGCUGCAGUUUCUGCUGGAGAAUGUGCGCAAACGGCCGCCUAAAGGUGUGGCUGCCAGCCGCCACGAAGGCCUGGUCAGCCACUUCUCCGACCUUCUUGGCCAGUGUCUCCGCCUGGCUCUGGAAAGACCGACGCCUGAGACAGCGCUGGGCCACAAAUUCUUUCAGAAGGGAGCGAGUCUUUCUGCCUACGAUCACAGUUCCCAAGCACCCCAAGCAUAUCCUUGCACUUGCGGCAUGCGCAGCCCACCAUGUCGCGGCGGGGCCUACGUGCAAGUCGGCUCUGCCCUCACCACGUGGUACGCCUCCACUGGCCUGUUCGCUUGGGCGUGGCCUUCGUGGGAGUUGGGCGCAGGCAACGAUGCGCCUGGAAGGCUCCGAGAGGUGACUGCCACCACUGGCGGCUGCGGCAUCGCAGGUGACGUGGACGAGGCCGCUGGACUACUCCAAGAUCCUGAGGUCCUUGCAUGCUUCCUCGACUUGCGCUCCGGAGAGCUGCUUCGGGAGUGGGAGGCGGCCUUACCGCAGCUGUCUGCCUUUGAUGGCAAAGCUAUUGUGAUGCCGGAUGAGAAAUCGUUGGAUGCGACGAUCUCAAGAACGUGGCCGUUGGAGCUGCAAGCAGGCGGCAGGCUGGAGCAUCUUGGGGCCGAGACCCUGGCACAAGCCAAGCGGCUGGUGAAGCUGUUCUGGCGGGCAGGCAGCGUGUCUUGUCCAAGGCAGCACUUGGCCCUGCAAGUGAGGCUAGCCAGCUUUGACUAUGUGCAAUGUUCGCGGCUGCACUGGGAUGACGUCCCUCUUCGCUUGGUUUGCACGUUGGCGGGUGCUGGAACCCAGGUUCUGCCUGAGAGCAGCGCUGACCGCACAGCCUUCAGGGCUCUGGAGUCGAUGCCGAUAGAAAGACAGGGAUCGAUGUCUACAGAGGACUGGAAUAACCGCAUCGUUUCAUCUUCCGCCCGAUCCUGGUUGAGCGGAGGUUGGAAGCGGGCCCUCGUGCAGGUGCCCACUGGAUGGGCCGUGCUUCUGAAAGGCAGCACGUGGGGCACGGAUGCGAAGGAAGGCUACAAGCCAACAAGUCCUGGAGCUUUGCAUCGCUCACCCGAAGAGGCCUCUCAAAGAGUCUGCUGCCUGCGGAAGACACACCCUCCUCGCCUGAAUUCUUGCACAGCCAAAAAAAGGGCCCAUUUAGGGGUAUUCUUGUCGUGUUGGAGUUUCAAAAUUGGGCCGGUCCAGGUGCUGCUCCAAGUUGACUUUGCAGACUCCGUGGCUGGAAGUGGCCAGUGA